AUGGUAAAAACCACCACUCUGGGCGGCUCCGCGAAGGACGUUGUCGUCGCCAAAGUAGGCACCGGGCUCAUGUCGCUAACGUGGACACCUGAGCCUGUUCCAGAUGAACAGGCCUUCGAAGUGAUCAAGGCAUCGAUCGACGCCCUUCCGACGGGGUGCAAGAUGCUACUGAACAGCGCCCAGUUUUACGCAGCCGAUCUUGGAACUGGGAACCUCGAGCUCCUAGCUCGCUUCUUUGAGAAGUACCCGGGAUAUGCGGAUAAGGUCUUCCUCAGUGUCAAAGGCGGCGCGAAGCCCAACACGCUUGAUUUCGAUCCUUCGCCUGAGGGUCUUCGUGCAAGCAUAGAUAUAUGUAACAAGGCUCUUCGCGGCACAAAGAAGAUCGACUUGUUUGAGAGCGCGCGUGUCUCCCGUUCGACUCCUAUUCCCGAGCAGAUGAAGGCGCUCAAGGGCUUGAUCGAGGAAGGUCUGAUUGGCCACAUUGGGCUCUCUGAGUGCAGCGCAGCGACAAUUCGCGAAGCCAACGAGCAUGCGCCCAUCGCCGCCGUUGAGAUCGAGCUUAGUCCUUGGGCAUACGAAGAUGAGACCAAAAAGGUUCUCGCGGCCUGUGAGGAGCUCGGCAUCGCUGUCGUCGCCUACUCUCCGCUCGGGCAGGGCUUUUUGACUGGUCAACUCGGACAGCUAUCGGACAAAGACCCUCGCUCCCACCUCACGCGCCUCCAGAGCGAGCAUCUGGAUAACAAUCUCAAGCUCGUCGAAGCUUUGAAGGCAGUCGCUGAGAGAAAGGGUAUCACUGCUGCCCAGCUGAGUCUCGCCUGGGUACAGGCCCUUGGCGAGCAUGUCAUACCCAUUCCCGGCUCUUCCAAGGCAUCGCGCGUCGUAGACAACAUCAAGACCAGCGACAUAAAGUUUAGCGCAGACGAGCUCGCCGAGGUCAACCGUGUCCUGGCCGAUUAUCCUGUCUCGGGUCAACGCUAUUGGGAUGGUCACAACGAGAAGCUGCAGCUCUGGGGUUGA